UUCACAACCGUUAACUUCAAAUCGGGAAAAAACAAUUGUGUUAUUUAAACGAUAUUGUCACUUUGUUAUUAACAAUAUGCAUAUCCUUUAUUGGAUGUUUGUUCGAUCUUGGAAAUCGGAUGUAGCUUUUGUUUAUAUAGCGAUAUUUGUGUUUAGUGUGGUGGCUUCAAAAGUGGAAAAUACUUCUUGGAAAGAUUUUCUAUUUGGCUCUAAAUGGAAAAUGCCAUCAGUACCGCCUUCUGCUCGUGACAGUAGAUUUCUUCCCCUAUUUAAUAUAGUUCCCAUUGGACCGGCUCAAUGUACAGCACCGUCAGGAGAAGUGGGGAAUUGUUUACCCAAUAAAGAUUGUGCAAUACGAGGUGGUAUACCGGCUGGUCAGUGUGGCGGUGGUUAUGGAAUAUGUUGUGUUUUUUUACAAACAUGUGGUGGCAUGAUACGAGAAAAUAACACUUAUUUUGUAAAUCCCAAUCAUCCGGAUACGUACGAUGGUACUGGUAGUUGUCAGGUAACAGUACAUAAAGUACAUCCAGAUAUAUGUCAAUAUAGAUUGGAUUUAGAAAUGUUUUCUAUAGCCCCUCCGGAAGCAGCCAAUCAUUUGUGUAAUCAAGAUCAAUUACUAAUAUCUGGCAGCAGUCCAGUACCCAAUAUAUGUGGCACCUCUUCCGGUGAUCAUAUGUAUAUAGAUGCCGGCUUGGGUCAAAGUAAUCCAAUUGUUAUAUCGGUCAUAACAAGCAAUACAUUUCCUCGCAUUUGGCGCAUACGCGUCUCACAAAUACAUUGCGGCAGUAUAAGUCAAGCAGAUCAAGGUUGCCUACAGUAUUAUACCGGCAUAAGUGGUCGUGUACGUAGUUUUAAUUUUAAUACCGCCUCGGGUAGACAAUUAUCAAAUCAAGAUUAUAGUAUUUGUAUACGUACGGAGAGAAAUUUCUGUGGUAUACAAUAUAAUGCCUGUCCCGAUUUGGAAAACAAUCGUUCAAGAUCAUUUACAAUAUCGGGUAAUACUAACAAUCCGGUUGGUACAAUGGUUGGCGGAGGCACACAAGUAACACAAAAUACUUGCAUACAAGAUUGGCUCUUGAUUGGUUGUAUGCGUUCGGCAGAUCGUAUACCACCGUUGAGUGCUUGCGAGGAUCGUGUUUGUGGUGGUACGUUUAGUGCAGAAGUUGGAAUGGUUCAGAAAACAGUACAAACCAGUGUACGACCCUUUCGUUUAUACUUCCAUACCGAUGGCAUCGAGGCACCCACCGAUAUCGAUAAUCGUGGCUUCUGUUUGGAUUAUGUUCAACAACCCUGUACAAAUGGUUUCUAAAAACCUUUUUUACCUAAAUUAAACUUUUAAAAAAAUAAAUUUAUUUUAAAUAAUUUUUAUAUUUAUUUAAAUAGUUAUAAGUUUUCGUUUAAUUAUUGAAUUUUUUGAUAUAAU